AUGGAGCACCUAAUCUUGGAAACCAUCAAACAUAGUCAGCAUGGCUUCACCAAGGGGAAAUACUGCUUGACCAACUUGAUAAGAAUCUACAAUGAAAUGACUGUCCUGGCAGAUGAGGGCAAAGCAGUGAAUAUUUUCUGCCUGGACUGUAGCAAGGUCUUUGACAUUGGCUUGCAAAAGAACCUCAUAGAGAAGCUGUUGAAGUAUGGGCUGUAUGAACAGACAGUGAGGUGGAUUGAAAACUACCUGAACAGCCUGGCCCAGAGGGUUGUGAACAGUGGAACAAAGUCUAGUUGGAGAACAGCGACUAGUGAUGCAUCCCAGGCGUCAAUACUGGGUUCAGUCCUGUUUAACUUCAUCAUUAACAACCUGGGUGAUUGGGCAGUGCGUACCAUUAACAAGUUUGCAGAUGACACUGAACUGGGACGAGUGGCUGAUAUGCUGAAGGGCCAUGCUGCCAUCCAGAGGGACCUUGACAGGCUGGAGAGAUUGGCUGACAGGAACCUCAUGAAGUUCAACGAGGGGGAGUGCAAAGUCCCACGCAUGGGAAGGAACAACCCCAUGCACCAGUAUAUGUUGGGGGCUGACCAAUGGGAAAGCAACGUGGCAGAAAAGAACCUGGAAGUCCUGGCGGCCAGCAAGUUGAACACGAGACAGCAGUGUGCCUUUACGACAAAAAAAAAAAAUAAAAUAGGCUAA